AUGGAAUCAUGUGCGGGCCGGGCCAUGCAGGUGUGUGAUCCCUCACAUCUCCCUACGUCCUUGCGUCUGAAGAAACCAGGAGACAGCCGUUGCAUUGUUUCCAACUCCCUCGUUUCCUUGACUGAUAAUGCGUGGCCGCCCAAGUCGCCCCGCGAAGCCCUGCUGAGUUCGCCUGGGGGACGAAGGAAAUACCAAGACGUGCAACGUCGCCGAGAAUUACUCUCCUCGCCUUUAAAACGCUCAAACACAACCCCAAACUUCCGCUCCAAGGCCGACCUGGUCAUUGAUGAGGACGAGGGUGACGGCGAGGAGGAUGAAGAGACCCUACAACUGCAGCUUGCUGAGAUCAAGGCUCGCCUCAAAUUGAAGCAGCUGCAGAAGAAUCUCGGAAGGUCUGGCGCCACCAGUUCAAAUAAUGAAGGAGGAGAGGAAGGACGUGCCCGCCCAACUUCCGGCAUCUCACGGUCUCAGAGCCAUUCCAUGAUCCCGAGGAGUCCUACAAGUGUGCAGCGAAGGGCUCAUACAGAUGAUGUUCAGGUUCCGGUGUCCCCAACGCGGCGUGAAACAGCUGCAGCAGAGCCCUGGUCUCCAAAGAGGUAUCAACUUGGGAUUGACAAGGGUUGGAAAGCCAAUGAUGUAUCUCUAAAGCGUCCUCCUCGUCCAACCAGUCAGCUUGGAGGCAGAAGCAGUGCAAUGCCACAUUCAGGUGAUGUCUUUUCAUCAAGACCACAAACUUCACCCGGAGGUGCAGGGCUGAACAGGAUCAAAAGUUUCAGUGAGCGCAUGGCCGAAGGCCGUGCCGCUGAGAAGGCGGAGCAAGCUCGGAUGGACAGAGUGAACAGGAUCCAAGCAAAUAGAAGCUCUGGCUUCCAGCUGGACAACUCUGAGAUCGAGACUUACAAGGCAGCAGCCGCAAAUGAAAACAUUUCCACCGCAUUAUCUGUUUCCCGAGAGCCACAAGCGCCAAGUUUCAAUCGCGAGGAUAUUCUUCGCUCUCUUGGCCCGCCUCGUUCUGGCGGGAUGAAGCGCAGCCAAACCACUCCAAAUAUUAGGAAUGCAGGGGGUACUCCAAACCGGUCAUCUGCCUCACACGGACGAGCUUCAUCUCAUGAGGACGGUGCCCAACUUGACGCAGCCUCUAAUGAAGCUGGAGUCAUAGUGAACCCACCUGACUCCUCUAAAUUCGAAGCAUAUUCUUCGUUACACCUGUCAAGCCGUGUACUACCACAUUCAUUUCUGAGCCGCACCUUAGCAGACAAAACCAUACUCAAAAUACCCGAUCUCCUCAAAACGGUCAAAGCACCUUCGUUUGAACUACCGGAAGAGAUAGAUGGUGAUUUUGUCGUAUUUGGAAUCGUUGCAUCAAAGUCCGAUACGAAGCAAACCAAAGCUUCCGGGAGCUCCACUGCGAAAGCAACGAACCCAUAUGAUGAUGGGCUGAACAAUUCCAAUAACUACAUGGCUAUCACUUUGACUGACCUCAAGUGGACCAUUGACAUGUUUCUUUUUGAUACAGCAUUCCCUCGGUACUACAGAAUAUCCAAGGGAACAGUCAUUGCAAUCUUGAAUCCCACAAUUAUGCCCCCUCCAAAGAAUAAACUGGACACCAAUCGGUUCAGCUUGGCGCUCUCCUCCUCGGAUGACAAAAUUCUCGAGAUCGGAAAAGCCCGAGACAUUGGCUUCUGCAAAUCUGUGAGGAAAGACGGAAAAACUUGCCAGUCAUGGGUAGACGGGCGAAAGACCGAGUUCUGUGACUUUCAUAUUGACGUCCAGGUGCGGCGCACCCAAGGACAGCGUGCCGGUAUUAAUAAGGGUACGGGGAUGUUUGGCCCUGGCGGCCAGUCCGGACAACGAACAGGCGUCUGGGGUGGUGGUGGUGGGAGAGGAGCUGGCGCACGUACUGUCGGCCGAGGCCAAGGAGGAGCAGGAGGUCGCGAUGGCUUGAAGUCAGAGGGUGCCCAAUAUGAUUGGGCCUCCCAGUCUACCUACUAUGUAGCCCCUGCUCCCAAAACCGCGGGUCUUGCCCGCGCAUCUUUCAGUCCUUUCACCUCCGGGCGGUCAGCUGCCAAUCUACUUGAUACCAAUGAUGACCCUUUCCUUGCCGCCGGUAUGAUGGGACGUGGUAUGGAGAACAAGGAGGAGCUAUUCCGUCGACGUGUUGCAGACCAGCAACGUGAGCGUGAUAUCGCGCAAAAACUUGUCGUCUCUGGUCGGGCAGGUGGCGUUGGCGCAGACUACCUUCGCACUCGCGCCAAUAACCAGAUUGGCCCCAAACUUGGAGACCACGACAAAGUACCGAAGACACCCUCGACACCAACGACUCAAUCUGUCACCCAGAGCAUGAAUUUAUCCGCUCUCAAAGCGGAGAAUGUCCGCCUAAGAGGCCCUAUGAAGCGCGUCAAUGACAAGCCACAUGGCAGUGGUGUCAAGAAGACCCGGUUUAUCACCUCAAAAGGGAUCAGAGAAGCAGGCCGAGAGAGUUUGGGUGCUGAUGCGGCAACAGAGAGAAGACAUGUUCUAUCAGACGAUGAUGAUGACUUAGAGAUUGUGUAA